AUGAUUCUCCCAAUUCUCCUAUUGUUUGCCCCGCUCACGGUAUGGGCGAAUACUGAGACAUGCAUGUUCAAAAUACCCUACUACUACAAUAUUCCUGUCGACACAGAGUCCCAGAAUCGACCGGGGAUUGCACAAUUGAAUGAAUCAACAUACGUAAUCGACUCCCAUCCUAUACUCGACAUAAACAAUUAUCAGCUUUCAGAGAGCAGCCUAAAAUUGCCUUACGAUUACAGCUCCAAAGAUCCCCGUCGUUUGUUGGUCAAACUUAAUAACUAUGGAAACGACACAUAUGAUGCCAAUGAUGUAAUCAAUGUGAAAUUGUGUUGGCCCGCCACGAGUCCUUUCAGCUUUCAAUUAGACCAUCAUUUUGUACUCACACGCGAAUUGAAUCCAGAGGCUGCCACUAAUCAGAUGGAUAUCUAUGUCGAGGUGAUAUAUAGUGCAGAUUUCUAUGCGGUCAAACCUAUCGAGGAAAACACUGUGCCAGUCAUAUUAGCAAUUAGCAAACUACCGAAUCGGUUCGUGCCAAUUCCGAUUGAAUUGUAUGACUACAUCUUGUAUGCGAUGGAUUUGCUUAUCUUUGCAGUGACGCUUCUACCCAUUGCUCAACGGUACAUAAGAAGCAUAUAA